AUGAAGACAGUAUCGUCGUUGUAUAGAAAUGAAAGGCAAAGGGAAUUCAGCCGCUGCCUGAGCAUCGCUCGUCAGACAGAAGAAAAUGCAGCAAAUAUAGCGGAGGAGACCGCAUUGGUAGUUGCAGUGCCCUCAGACGGAACUGAGACAGAUGUAUGGGCUGAGGAUUCCGCAAAAGAAGAAAAAGAAGAAGAUAUAUUUCAUUCAUCUCAUUUGCAUGAACAUGGCGCUGAAGACGAGGACAUCGUCACCGAGCAGGAACAAGGAGCAGAAACAAACAAAGAAGAGGAACUCAAUGACACCCUUAAAGACUUCCUUGAUUGCAUCAAACAGGUUAAAGGAACUGUUACAGAGGAUGUGCAGGCAGUUAGCCGUGAGCUGGCAAAACACUCCGUUGGCGUUACCUCUGCGAAAUCUUUUGCUGAGCUGCAGCACCACGUCAACGAGAUCGUCCAACUAAGUGGUCCCGAGGUGAGCAUAACUAAAUAA